AUGCACGCCGCUGCAUCCCCCGGCUCGGACGACGAGCGCAUCUACAUCUGCAAGCACUGCCCCAAGCGCUACGCCCGCAAGGACUAUUUGGAACGACACGAGCUGAACCGUGACCCCACCACCCACACACCCACCUCGCUUGUUCGUGUUGCUCACACCCCCGCGCCAGACACCCGCCCAGGCUCCGUAUGCCCAGCUUGCGGUAAGGGCUUUGCACGCCCCGACGUGCUCCGCAAGCACCUCUCGACAUCAUGCAAGAGCAGGCGGGGCAGCGACGGCGACGCGCCAGCACCGCUCACCACUGCCGAGGAGGACGCCCUUGUCCCGCGCAAGCGCAGGCGACCCCAGCGCAGGGCGACGGCCACGACGCUCCAGACCUCGCCGUCCCCCUCAUGGUCGGCCUCGGACGACAUGAACGGGCAGCUGUACUCGCCGUUCUCGUCGCACUCGGGCUUCAUUGACGACGCCGACCCCUUUGACCGCCAGGACCCGUUCGAGUACGCCUCGAACGCAUCCGCCUCGGCGGCGUCGGCGUCCAUCCCGCGCGCCUCGUCGUCGGCGUCGUCGUCGAGCUCGAGCUCCAUCGCCCGCUUUCCGGGCCAUGACGAGCUGGACUCGCACGCGCGUGCCGCACCCCGUCCCCGCCUCACCAUGCCCGAGCUCUCGGGCAACUCGCCCCGCUUCAUCAAGCUGGAACCCGACUGCCCCGCCGGUCCCGCCAGGGCCGGCGCAUCGCUCGACCUCCCCCUCGCGCCCGCGUUCGCCGCCACGCCAGAAACCCUCGGCCCACUGAGCUUUACCCCGGCGGCGCCGCGCUCCCCCGUGCUGGUGCGCAACAACGCCAUUGACAUGCCCGUGUUCAACAACAUGCUCCCCUCGCCGCUCGACGGCGGCGUCGCCGGCCACGCCGCGGGCGUCGGCUCGCUGCCGACGGGCCUGACCUCGACAAUCCCCGCUGGCGCCGCCGCCACUACCGAGCAGGGCUGGAACCAGGCUCCCGCAGAGGGCAACAGCAUGGACGACCUGUUCAGCUGGCUCAUGGGCACCGCCCAGCCCCAGCCCGACGCCGCAGGAAAGGUCGAGCACGGCGCACACGGACACGGAGCCAAGGACUCGUCGCCGCCCCUGUUCAUCGCCGAGCCCGACGAGCUGGCGGCCUUCCACUCGCCCAACCCAACCUCACGAAAGCGCAAGCUCGGCCAGCUGGGCCAGCUCGGCCAGCUGAGCCAUCUUGGCCAGCUCGCCGCCGCCGCCCAGGCCCAGCAGCAGCACCAGCAGCAGCAGCAGCACCAGCCCUUCCACUCGCUGCCAACAUACCCCUCGUCGCUCCCACUGGAAAAGUCGCACGUCGCAGCGCCAUGGGACGACAGCAGCGCUGCGGGCCCAUGGCGGUUCCUCCCUGGAGCCACCACCACCACCACCACCACCACCACCAGUGCCACCAGUGCCAGUGCCAGCUCGGGCACAACCGACGCAGCAGCCGCGGCGGUCGCGGGGCUCGACGCGCGCGACCCCAUCACCCUCGGCCAGAUGAAGCUCUACUUUGAGCUCUACUAUGUGUGA